UGAGGUGAGGUGAUGUGAUGUGAUGUGAGGGUAAGGUGAGGUAAGGUGAAGUGAAGUAAGGUGAGGUUUUCGGAUCGUUUUCCCAUAUUAAAGCCGUCCAUGUCCAAGACAUCUGCCUCUUUUCGGAGUUCAGAAGACAGUGUAGCCAGCUCCCCACGUUUAUAAUUAUUGUAUUGUAUUGUAUUGCAUUAUAUUCACAGAAAAGUAUUAUAUUAGAAAAAUAUGCAUAAAGCUCAACAUAAAGUAAUAUAUGAUUGAAAGUUCUGAAUAUUUAAUAUGCAUUGCCUUUGUGUAUUGUUCUAAAAAUGACAACCCUAACCAAUAAGUCUAUGUUUUGACAUAAUUUGUCAAAAUAAAAACUGGCUCUUACCUAAACCAGACGUAAUUACAAAAACAAAACUUCCCCUUGAAAAUAAAGUUGGGCUUUCUUCCAAAUUAAACUUUUGCCUCCGGCUGCUUUGCUAUAUCAGUAUAUUUCGAGAGAAAAUUUGAAUAUCUCAAAACAGCUUGUCUUAAAUCCACUUUACAUCUACAUUAUGCACAUUAUCCAAAUAUUGUAAUUGAUUUCUGCAAUAAAUGUCAGAAGAAAAUUCUUGUGUUUUAGCAGUCAUUAAGAGAUAUUAUAGAUUCAGCUCGUGUUUAUACCAACAGAUUCUCCUUAAAGGUAAAGCCUUAACUAUGGCUUCUGGUCAUUAGCAGUUAAAUGGUUUCCGCAAUGUCAAUCAAGAUCGAGAUCGUUAGGAAACUUUAAAAAAAUUACAUUUAGCUUAAUAAGAUAAAGUUGGUAGAUAUAUACAAAUAAAGCCAUGUAGAGUCGAGAUACCAAGCACCUUGAUCGACAAACAAUCCCGCAAGCAAUUGUCUUGAAAUCGAUCUUAUUGAAUUAAUUGGCAAUGUCAAUUCAAUUCUAGACCAAAUAAGCGAGAAGUAGCUCUCAACUCAUGAGAGGAGAGAGAGAAAAUACAGCUGACAGUUAGGCUGUAGUAUAUCUAGAUUUUUAUUGAUUCCUGAGACUGUUUACCUGAAGUUCGAUCUUCCCAUAAAAUUCGACAUUGUCCUAAUUUGAGGAGUAAAUUUGGCUUGGUAACUAAGUCUGUAACCCGCAGUGAGGUUACACUCAACUUUCUUCUUCGAAAUUCAGUUUUAAAACUUGCGAUGUGCUGAUAUCACUUUAAAGAUUAAGACAACGAUUACAUUUUCAUAGGAAACUCCCCACAGGUGUAGUCGGAAGAGCACGCAACGAAGUCAGACGGGUUGCUCAAAUACAAUAAGACAAGAAGAGCGACAGUGGGCAAUAUUAGACUUUGUGGCAUAUUUUCUACUGUUCUUGUUUAUUUUAGUCGGCCGAUUGAAUACCGCGUAUUGUGAAGUUGACAAGAUUAGGGGCGGUUGUACGUUAAGUGCUGUUUGAGCGAGAAGUGUAUCAUAAAGGAAGCAGAAUAUUCGUUAACUGUAUUCGUGGUAACAGGGUGAGGAAACACGGUCGUGGUCUUUGCGUUCGCUUGUUGUCAUCAUCUUCGGAGCCCAUGGUGGGUAAAAAUGGAAAUUGGAAAAACUAUAUUGGGAUUUUCAACCGUUAUUAUUUGAUGGCCUACUAAAGAAGCUCGAGAAGGGAGGUUGUUAAAGUCGUAACUUUGGUCCUUCUUGACAGGUGAAGGGCGAGAGAGAUUGAUCACAAAGCUGUCCUUUUAUGGGUAACGCCUGAUUGCCUGAAUUGAGUAGAGAACCCAAGGUCUAUUAGGCAGGGUGUGAAGGGAAUUUAAAAGCAAAGAAAAGGCAAACAAUGAAUUGAUCGAACAGAAAAUCAAGACAAGUUGUUUUAAAGUGUUUGGCAAAGAAAAACAUAUCAAAACAACCGCAAAACACCAAUCGGCGACAAAAAGUCUAAAUAGCGAUAUAAAUCUUAUUCUACGAGUAAAACACUGAACAUUUACGUAAACAAUAGAAGAAUUCUGAUCGAGAAUAAUCUUCCACGAUGAAUUUAACAAAUACGACUCAUGGCAACACAAGUGAGUUGGUGUUCGACUACUUUAACGUGGAGACGGACAGCGAGACCGCGAUUGCUUUCAAAGUCCUUUCCUACGCUGUUAUCAUGGUGGUGUCAAUCGUGGGCAAUAGCUUUGUGAUCCUGGCGUUCAGGAGGAAUGUGACGGGUCAAAUGCGCUCUGUGUAUAACCUCAUGGUAGUGAGCAUAGCGGUCGGCGACCUGCUGCUUGCAGUGUGUAGCAUCCCCGAGAGAAUCACUCGCAUCGUGACCUAUGACAGUUGGCUCGUACCAGGAGACUUGGGUACGGCUCUCUGCAAGCUCGUGAACUUCGUGGAGAAGAUCUCCAUUACUGGCUCUCUACUGCACCUGUGCGUUCUCGCGUACGACCGCUUUCUCGUAGUGUACUACCCGACACGCGCCAUGGUCUCCCUGCGCUCCUCAAAGAUUGCCAGUGCCAUUAUAUGGACUAUCACGUGCACAUACUGGUCACCAAUACUCUACUACGGCGCGGUAAAAAUGGAGGAGGGUCACUUGGCGUGCGGUGUUCGUAGCCACACGCCUUAUUGGAAGGAAUGGUAUUUAGCCUAUGUAGUACUUAUUCUCAUAGCGUUGGUUGCUAUAUUCGUGUUUUAUUUACUGGUAGCGUGCAAGAUCUGGCUGCGUAGGGUUCCUGGGAAUCAAACGAGGAAUAUCAACCGCCUGAUGGAGCGAACUAAGCGUCGUAUGGCGCGUAUGGUCUCUGUGAUUGUCUGCGCGUAUUACAUAUGCUUCGUGCCUUAUUGGAUAGGCUGGAUCUCUUGUUCCUACAUAAGAUCUCAGCCGAAAGCGUUCUGUAACCCCGUGUAUCACUUCAUCAAUAUCAUGGUGUCGUACGUGAACUGUGCGGUCAACCCUGUGGUGUGCAUGGUCUUUAAUCAUCAGUAUCGUCAAGAGGCGUGUCACGUGCUAAAGGACCCAUUUGGUCUGCGCACCAACAAGAUGCGAUUGGUGGUCAAGCGAAGGAAGAGCUCCACUACUGUGGAUGGACCGCUGAUGUUAAAUAGCAGGCGCUUGAGGCAGUCGCGACGUGGCACGCAGCUAUUGGUUAUAUCAGACACGUGACUUGUCACGUGAUUGGACAGACAUUUAACUUUCUCUUAAUAUUUUCAUCAAGGCAUUGUUAAAGAAAUCAAACGGAUUGGCUGAAAGAAAUGGAACGUAUUUUUUGGAAUCAAUCAAACUGAUUGGCUGAAAGCAAUCAAGCAGAUUUGCUGGAAGCAACCAAACAGUUUGGUCAAAAGCUAUCAAAAAGAUUGGCUAAAACAAAUGCAUUCACACGGAUUGGCUAGAAGAAAUUAAACAAAUUGGCUAGAAGCAAUUGGCAGAUUGGCUGAAAGAAUUCAAACUGUUUGACCGUUGGCUGUUAAAAAAGCAAUCACACUGAUUGGUUGAAUGACAACAAACGGACGCCUUAGAAAUAAACAGAAUAGCUUCAAUUAAGGCUAUUACAAAUAGUAUACUGUUAGCAUGCUGUUCCUCAAUAAGAAUGAGUUAAAAGAAGUCCAUAUUUUAGUCGGUGUUUUGCCCUUGACUUUCAGCCGCCAUUGUCAUUCUAGCAAAAUACCAAGUGUGAAAAAGCAUCCAUUUCCUUUGGUUGGUUUGUGGAAGCCAAUGCGAGAUUUUUAAUUGAAUUUGGUACAUAAAUAAAUAACAAUAACAAAGGUAUUGCUGACAAGGGUACUUUAAGGAUUACUGACUGUGUUUUAAGGAAAAAUACGUUUUAUUAUUGUUGGAGGAUUUCUUUCUCGAAAAAAAUCCCUCUCAAUUGACAGAGAUAGAAGGCUAAAAAGAGCUUUCACGUAUAAAUAAAAAAUGAAGACUUUAAA